CAACAGGUCCUUCCAUUAAAUGUCUGCGCGUGGUAUGUGGUUAUGUCUAAUCUACCUAGGUAGCUACAGAAGAGAUUGUGGUUCUUUUCGAUACAGGAGGCUACUUGAAUGUAUGUGCGCCUCCGGCGCUUUGCAUCGACACAAUGCCUCCCACAUACUGCCCAAAUUGCUCCAACAGUCUCACCAUCGCACGGGUGACGCCUCGGGACGAUAGGAUCGAACGAAAUGCCUUUACCUGCAGAACGUGUCCUUAUCAAUUCGUUCUUGAUAAGCACUACACAGACAAAUAUCCCAUGAAAAAGAAGCAAAAGGACGAUGUUCUAGGCGAGGAGCAGUCGGAUCUUCCAAUUAACGAAGUGCCUGGUGGCUGUCCCAAUGAAAAGUGCGAGUCGAAGAAGGCAUACUUCUAUCAGCUGCAAACAAGGAGCGCAGACGAGCCUCCCACUUCUUUUUUUAAGUGCAUCGAAUGUGGCAAGCAAUGGAGAGAAUACUAGGUACAGGUUCAGCUCUUGGGUACCGAUCAACACUCGCCUUCCAUGCUCCUUGUACAAGACGCUUGAACGAUAGAACAAACUUGCCACAAACACCUGCGCAAUGGCGGCAGUGGCAUUUUGAUCGAUUUUACACAGCGGCCGCCCCCGGGACAUUGCAGCCUGGGACAUAUCAACUCUCGUGGACCAUUGUUCAUGGAAAUGAAAAGACUUCAUGUACAGCAAGAGAAGCACCAUCCCGACUCGAGGACGGAGUACUACAGCACUAACACUCACCAUGGCCAUAACUCUUUCUUGACAGUAGGACGGCGUCGCCGUGGACAGCUUGCCGCAGGUGGGUGGGUACCAGUAUCGUCAAGUAGGGCCUAUGAUAGUUGUAAUAGUCCAUAAUAAUUGC